AUGGCGGCUUCUGAAGAGAAUAGUGCGUUGUUCCCAAUUUUUAUUCUGACAAUAAUGGCACUGCCCCUGGUGCCUUACACAAUAAUGAAGUUGUGCCGUGCUGCCUCAACGAAAACAAAGACCAUCCACUGUAAAUGUUCCGAGUGUACCCGUUCGGGGAAGUACCGGAAAUCUCUAUUUAAGCGGAUUUCAAACUUCUCGACAUGCAGUAACUUGACGGUGAUACUACUCUGGGUCAUUAUGAUAUUCCUAGUUAGUUACAUAAAGAACAUGAGCCGAGAGGCUCAACCUUUUGAUCCAUACGCCAUACUUGGAUUGAAACCUGGAGCCUCAGAGACAGAAAUUAAAAAGAGUUACCGGAAGCUUUCUGUUCAGUACCAUCCUGACAAAAAUCCAGAUCCAGAGGCUCACACGUACUUUGUGGAGUUUAUAACAAAGGCAUAUCAAGCGCUGACAGAUCCAAUAUCUCGUGAGAACUAUGAGAAAUAUGGCCAUCCAGAUGGUAGACAGGGAUUUAAAAUGGGAAUUGCUCUUCCUCAAUUUCUCCUUGACAUUGAUGGUUCAUCGGGUGGAAUUCUUUUACUUUGGAUCGUUGGUAUUUGUAUUCUCUUGCCAUUGGUGAUUGCUGCUAUAUAUCUUUCAAGAUCUGCAAAAUAUACCGGGAAUUAUGUCAUGCACCAAACUCUCUCAGCAUACUACUAUUUUAUGAAACCAUCACUAGCCCCAAGCAAAGUGAUGGAGGUUUUCACAAAGGCUGCUGAAUAUAUGGAAAUUCCUGUUCGGAGAACUGAUGAUGAGCCUCUUCAGAAGCUCUUUAUGUCUGUUAGAAGCGAGUUGAAUCUGGACCUCAAGAACAUAAAGCAAGAACAGGCUAAAUUUUGGAAGCAGCACCCUGCUGUAGUUAAGACAGAAUUGUUGAUUCAAGCUCAGUUGACUCGGGAAUCGGCAGCCCUGCCCCCAGCCUUGCAAGGUGAUUUCAAACGUGUGCUAGAACUUGCUCCUCGUCUUCUUGAAGAACUGAUGAAGAUGGCACUUAUACCGCGCAAUGCUCAGAUGCACGGAUGGUUGAGGCCUGCUAUAGGGGUUGUUGAGCUCUCUCAAUGCAUAACUCAGGCUGUUCCACUCAGUGCGAGGAAGUCCACAGGAGGUUCGGCCGAAGGGGUUGCUCCAUUUUUGCAGCUGCCACAUUUCAGUGACUCUGUUAUCAAGAAGAUAGCUCGCAAGAAGGUAAGAACAUUCCAGGACUUCUCUGAGAUGUCCCCAGAAGACCGAGCAGAGCUUCUCACUCAAGUAGCAGGAUUCAGCUCAUCGGAGGUGCAGGAUGUGGAAACGGUACUUUCAAUGAUGCCAUCAGUAACAACUGAAGUCAGAUGUGAGACUGAGGGCGAAGAAGGCAUACAAGAGGGUGACAUCGUCACAGUCCAAGCCUGGAUCACCGUGAAACGACCCAAUGGCCUCCCUGUUGGACUCCCACAUUCUCCAUACUACCCUUUCCACAAGGAAGAGAACUACUGGUUCCUCCUCGCAGACCCCGUCUCAAACAACGUGUGGUUCUCCCAGAAGGUCAACUUCAUGGACGAGGCAGCCGCCAUCACCGGUGCUUCCAAGGCAAUCGAAGACACGAUGGAGGGAUCAGGAGCGAGUGUGAAGGAGAUCAGUACAGCUGUCAGGGAAGCGGUGGAGAAGGUCCGCAGUGGGUCCCGCCUCGUGAUGGGGAAAUUCCCUGCCCCAGCGGAGGGGAGCUAUAAUUUGACUUGCUUCUGCAUGUGCGACGCUUGGAUAGGGUGUGACAAGAAGACGAGCUUGAAGGUCAAGAUUCUGAAGCGAACCAGGGCUGGCACACGUGGCGGGUUCGCGAAUGAGGAUGGACUUGUUGCCGAGGAUGGGAUCGAGGAGGAAGAAGAGAACGAGGAAGAGGAGUAUGAUGAUGAUUACGAGAGCGAGUACAGCGAGGACGAAGAAGAAGAGAAGGAUACAAAGAGGAAAGGUGCGGCGAAUGGGACUGUCCGUAGAAAGGAGUCGAGUUCUGAGGAUGAGGGUGAAGAUGAAGAGUGA